AUGAAAAAGGGACAAAACAUUGAAAAACCGAAGAUCACAGAAAGAAGUGAAAGAUAUGGCUUCCAACGUUCUUUUGAACAAGGAACAAGCAAUUCUAGAGGAAGCAGGAAUGCCAAAUGGAACGACCCUCGAGUGGCUGCUCUUUACAUCGAGGAAGCUGAGGUUGUGGGAUUUGAAGCGCCAAGAAAAAGAUUGACUGAUUGGUUGGUACAGGGAAGGGAAGAGCGCACUGUGGUGUCUGUGGUAGGAAUGGGAGGGCAAGGAAAAACAACUCUAGCCAAGAAAGUUUUUGACAGCAAGGAUAUCAUGGGACACUUUGAUUGUCGUGUAUGGAUUACAGUGUCUCAAUCAUAUAAUUCUGAAGGAUUGUUGAGAGACAUGUUGCUAAAGGUUUGCAAACAAAAAGGAGUGACACUUCCCGAGGGUAUUUCUCAAAUGAAUCGGGAGUCAUUGACUGAUGAAGUGAGAAAUCACUUGCGGAAAUCGAGGUACCUUGUCGUCUUUGAUGAUGUUUGGAAUGAAUUUUUUUGGAAUGAUAUUAAAUAUGUUGCAAUUGAUUGUAAAAAUGGAAGUAGGAUAUUUAUAACAACAAGGAAAAAGAAUGUUGUGGUGUCUUGUAAAGAGUCUUCUUUUAUUGAGGUGCAUGAACUGCAACCUUUAACUCUAGAACAAUCUUUGGAGUUGUUCAAUAAGAAAACAUUCAAAAUUGAUUGUGAUGGGUGUUGUCCAAACGAGCUCAUUGGUAUAGCUGAUGAAAUUGUUAAAAAAUGCAGUGGUUUACCGCUAGCAAUUGUUGCCAUCGGUGGCCUUUUAUCUACAAGAGAGAAAAAUGUGUUUGAGUGGCAGAAAUUUAGAGAACAUCUGAAUUCAGAGCUAAACACAAAUGCACAUCUAAUUGGGAUAGAAAAAAUUUUAAGUUUAAGUUAUGAUGAUUUGCCUUACUAUCUCAAGCCAUGCUUGUUGUAUUUUGGAGUAUAUCCAGAAGAUUAUGAAGUUAAAUCAAAGAGAGUGAUUCGACAAUGGAUAGCUGAAGGGUUUGUAAGGGAGGAAAAGGAGAAGACUUUGCAAGAAGUGGCAGAGGGAUAUCUCAUAGAGUUGAUCAAUAGAAGCCGGGUGCAAGUAUCUUCACUUAAAAUUGAUGGCAAAGCUAAAGGAUGUCGUGUUCAUGAUCUAAUACGCAAUAUGAUCCUUGAAAAAAGUGAGGAUUUUAAUUUUUGCAAGCAUGUUAGUGAUGAUGGGCAAACAUCCUUAAGUGGAAUAGUUCGGCGCCUGUCAAUAACAACCAUUGACGAUGUUUUCAAGGAGUGUAUUGACAAAUCUCAUGUUCGGUCCCUAUUUUGUUUUGGUAUUAAACGAAUGUCCCCGUCCUUUGAUAGAGGAAUCCCCACAAAGUACAGGUUACUGAAGGUUUUUGAUUUUGAAGAUUUUGUUAUGAAUAAUAUUCCUAUGAAUUUGGGAAAUUUCAUCCACUUGAAGUAUUUAAGCAUAAUGAUGUCAAUUAAUGCAGUUGAAGUAGUCCCAAAAUCCAUUGGCAUGCUCCAGAACCUAGAGACCUUGGUUCUAAGGGGUCGAUAUUAUUUUGAGUUGCCAAAGGAGAUUAGGAAGCUUAGAAAGCUAAGACAUCUUAUCGGCACUGAACUGUCAUUGAUUCAUUUAAAGGAUGGUAUUGGAGAGAUGAAGUCCCUACAAACUCUGCGUUAUGUUUCUUUAAACAUGGAUGGAGCAGCAGAGGUAAUUAAAGCGCUAGGAAAGCUGAAGCUGAUAAGGGAUUUGGGGUUGCUUAAUGUUCCUAAGGAAAAUGAAAGCAUUUUCUCUUCCUCAAUCAAUGAAAUGCUGCACUUGGAGAAACUAAGUGAAUAA